UUCCCGCGCGGGCGUGGGGCAGAGCCGUCCUGAGGGAAAGGGGGUCGCGCCGGGGUGCGGCAGGGAGGUGCUGGGUUCCAGACAAAUGAAGUGUUGAAAGCAUCACAAAACAAGAUGUUUGCAGCUUUAAAGUAUCACGCAACAGACUACUUAUAUGAGAGUGUGGCAAGGCAGAAGUUUUCCAUCUGGAGAUUAUCACUUUGCUUUCCUCCCUGCUUACAUCAAGAUGGAAAGUAUCAUCUCACUGGACUCUUUGCUGAUGAUAAGUAUAGGAAGCCAUGGACUAGGAUAACUCCUACACAGAACAUGAUCACCAUUUCAGUACUGGAUCAGUGGAAGAGAAGCUUAUCUGUGGAGGAUUUCCUGGAAAAGAAACCUGUCUCCUCUCUAGCAUUCCAUAUUAGUAAUGAAGUUAUUCCAAGUUCAAACCCCUGCUCUCAGACUGACACAGAAGAACGUUUUUUAUUUGUGAAGAAUGUUUUGAAGGAAGAGUCCAUCGAAGACCAGUAUUCAAAGAUUGAAAAUGCCACUGAAUUUAAAGAACAAUGUCAAGAUUUAUGUGUGGAAGAGGAACUUGUUUUUAUUGAUAAUCUUGAAAAUUUUCGUAAAAAACUGCCUACUUCAUCUCUACUUCUGAGCAGACUACAGUUUUUUUUAGUGAAAGAUCCCCUUUUAGAUUCUGAAGGACAGAAUUUUACAGAAGAUAAUAUUUUCAGGGAACAUUUGACUUUGCAAAAUGAAGUGGAGAUGCAAGAGAGUAAAAAAGAAUUGCAGGGGAUUAAAGAAAACUUCCAUACUGUAUCUGUAAAAGAUGAAGAGAAUUUCAUGUUGCUUGUUCAGUUCUACAAACCCAGCAAUGGCAGAUCAGAUUCUCUUAAGAUUCCAUCACACUUGGAACUGAAAGAGUUGUUUAAUUUAGCUCCAGAAACUAUGGCUGAUGAAGACAUGUGCAAGGAGUUGAUCAAAGAAGAUCUCAAAGCAGAAAUUACAUACAAAAUAGAAACCUCCAAGUACUGUCCCAUACCACAAGAGGUUUGCUCCAGUAAUAGGAGAAGUAUGUUGGAAUUCUGUGAGUCAGCUAAAUAUGUUCCAUAUCUGAAAGAUGAAAUGGAAGUGCCUUUAACUCCUCCAUGCAGACAACAAAGAUCAUGGGUUAAUUCUCUGUGCACAGGACUUCAAGAAGAACGUAUUCUUCUUUCUGGUAACAGUAUUUUGAUUACAGAGCCCUCUAGGGAAUACUUAGAAUGUUUGGUAUGGCAAGCAGAGAAGUAUCGGGAUAAUAUGAACUCUCUUUUGCUUGUUGAACGUCAGACAGUUAAACUUGCAUAUCAGCCUCAUUCGCUCGCAGAAUUGAAGGAAUUGUUACCACUUGAGGUAGAAGCACCAGUGCUUAGCUCACUAGAGGAGGACUGGUGGCUUCAUUUUGGUUUAAAUCCAGCCUCCACAGAAACUUUGGAGCAGUUAAAUAUGAAUGCCAGUAAUGCAAACAGUUUGCUUCCUACAGAAGUAGAAAUAUUCACACGAUUUACAUCACAUCAGUUAGAAAGAUGGCUAGAAGAUAAUUCUGUGACAAACCAGGAGCUACUUUCUGCUGAAAGACAUCAGUCAGACAAACCAGUUAAUCUUCACAUGUCACCACGGAAUCAAAGGCAGUACUUUGCCAUGCAUAUGAAUGCUGCAUCAUCUGCCAAAAUUCACAGUACAAAUACACCUGUGGAAGAGCUUACCAGACGAAGUAUAAAACAGAAUAAGGUAGAAGAGGCAAUUUAUUUCUUAAACCAAGAGAAGAAAAGCCCCAAGUCAUCUGAAUCAGUCAGCUGUAAAGAUUUGUCUUCCAGACAAGAUAACUUGUCCAGUAGUCAAAAGCCUGCAUCAUCUUCACUUGCUACAAAAUGGGACAAUGAUGAUUCUGAUCUGAGCAACUUUAUCAUGCUGAGAUCUAAACAUACACUCACUCAAGGAGAGGAAAAUAAUGAUGUAGAUAGUCCUGAAAAAGUACUACAACCUAAAGAACAGCAUGCGGAUAUUCACAAAGAGGACAGUUCUGUAUGUGAGACUGCAAGAAUACAGGAGGAAGAACGAGAGAAUGAGGGCAGUAUCACAGUCAAUAUUCAAGCAUCAGAAAGCCAAUGCCAGGCAUACUGCCUCUUGGAAGAAGCAGCCACUCCUGUUCUAAAAGAUUUGACACAUCUGGGUGUACUUGCUUCUGUAAAUUGGAGCUUUAACAGCAUUAAAUUUGACCACACAAGGUUUUUCUUAAAACAGCAAGAGAAAGUGAUAUGUGAUCGUUUUAAAGAAGGUAAAAUAGAUGAGAAGGAGAUAAUGCUGUUCAGACAUGCUGCUCUGGUGCACCUGCUGGUGACAAUUCGAGAUCUUCUAUUAACGUGUGGCUUGGACACAGCACUAGUUUAUUUGUCCAAAGCAAAGGAUAUCUAUAAAAACAUCUUAGAAUCCUGUUUGAAUAACAUCUGGAGGCAGUUGAAGAUUGUACAGUACAGCAGCCAGAAAAAGCACGAAACAAAUCCCAAAAUAACAGAGCUUCAGUAUCAAAUGUUAAAUUGGAUGCCAAGUUGUGGAGAGGAGCACAGUGUUAAGGUUAACAACAUAAAUAAUUUCUUUAAGCAAACAAAACUUCUCCGAAUGCUGGGUCUGGAAUCCUUGGAGCCCUCGACUGAAGGAAUUAUAAACUCCCAGUUAACCCUGAACUUAUUUGAGACUUUCUGCUCCAGCUGGUCAAUCUUGGGCUUUCUGUACAAAGGAGAGAGAAAGAGAUAUGUGUUCAGGCUGAAAGAACAUUUUGUUACAGGCCUAGAGUUUCUUUUACUUGUCUUCUUCCAGAUACUAAUCAUAACAAGGAUGGACUCAGAGAGAGAAAAGGCUGCCCUCAUUCACACUUUAUCUAAAGUAGAAGGUUUAAAAGCUAUGGAUUUGAAUUCUGAGAGAAAAGGAACCUUUUUAGGUUGUAAAGAUAUCAUAAGCAGCCUUAGUAGAUAUUCCUGUGUCAUUGUACAUAAUCAGCAAAUUGGAGCUGACUUCCCUUGGACACACUUCUCAUUAGUAAUGGAAUAUGAUUAUUCUGAAAACUCUUGCUGGAAAAAUAUAUGCAAAAAUCUGAAUGUUACUUACAUGACUUUUAAGACCACCCUUCCUGAAACAUUAAAAACGGGGAAUCACCCCGGUUCCUUUCUUCUGGAGGUACAGAUUCCAUAUGUAUUUCUGACAACUGAAGGUCUUCUUAAUAUGCCAGAUAUCCUUCAACUUCUGGAAUCCAAGUACAGCAUGACCUUUGUUGAAAGAAGCUGUAGUUUCUCCUUAAGGCUCUUUGGGAGUACAGAUCGAUAUGUUGUGUUGACAAUAGAUGAAUGUACUGCUGUCUUUCUGCAGGGUAUGGAAGAACUAAAUUAUGAUAAAUCCUAUGACAAUAUAAUAUGGAAGCUGAUGGCAUUAUCGCUCCAAUAUACAUGCUGUUGGAUCAUUUUCUAUUCCAGAGAAAGACUGAGUUUAGAGUACAGUCUCAGGGGAGAUACUCUGCUUAACCUUGUCUUAAUUUAUGCUGCUCUAAUUGAACUUACACAGAAGUCAGAAGACUUUGAAGUGAAGGUAGUUCUUACACCAGGGAUUGAAGAGGCAGCACUGCUAAUUCGUCAGAUUGCUGACAACAUUUUGAUAACAUCUAAUGUCAGUCCUCAUGAGUGGCUGGACAAAUCCUGGCUUUCUGUCUUGCCAUCUGAGACAGAAAAAUGCCUGCUUACUUUUCCAUGUAUCAACCCUCUGGUUGCUCAGGUUAUAUUAAAGAAGGGAUCUUCACUGAACACAUUGUUUCUUGCAAGCUUUGAUCAACUUCAGCAACUUCUGCCAGAGGUUCCAGAAAAAGUUUUAAAGCAUUUUAGUGACAUGACAUCUUCGUACAACAUAAAUGCUGCUGCUCCACUAGAAACAACAGUGAAAGGUCCAUCACCCCCAGAAAAACGGAAUAACUUCAACACAUUCUGUCCAGAUUAUAAACAAAAUCAUCAGUCUUUAGAGCUGCCUGGUAAGACACAGAACAGCACAGGAACAUCUCAUAUGAAUUCUGAAGGCCUAGUUCCUCCAUUGAAUCAUCAUCAGGGUUUUUUUGACCCUGAUCUUCCAAGCUGUAUGCAAAAGAAAUCAUGUUCUUCAGACGUAAUUAUGGGAGGGAAGCAGAAUUUCUUUGCUCUGCGAAAGGACUGUGAAGAUUUCGCUCAUCUUGAUGUUACGAAUUCUCUUCAUGUUCAAAGACAGCCUUUCAAGACACACUGUAGCUCUGAUCAUUCUUCCAAACACUCUGAAAAAGAUAAUUUCUUUGCAUCUUUCAGUGGCUAUGCGCCUCAGGAGAGCUCUAAGAGUUUUCUAGAAGAAUUUGGAGAUACAACAUACAAAAGCCCAGGAGUUCUAAUUGACCAGACCCCAUGGAAUGACUCUUCAUCCACAGGCCCCUGUGAUUCCUUUGCAUCUGAUACUUUUCUCUCUGAUUUUUUUGUUGACCCACAUGAGCUUCAAAGUCUGAAUUUUAACCAAAUAGGCAGAGAAUCUAAAGGAAAGAGAAAACAAAGUCUACCAUUCUUAUGGACAAAUGAGAAAAAUAGCACAGAUUCAGGAUUUGCAGAAGUACCAGAGUUCAAAAAAAAGAGACUGUCAUAUGAAAGAGUCCCUGGAAGAAGUGAUGGACAAACACGUCUCAAGUUUUUUUGAAUGAAAUGGGGAUUCGCUUACUACACAUACUUUUUAAAAUUCUUAAACUCUUUGAAGAGAAAUAGAUUAAAUUCAUUUUUUUUGUUUAUUUUUAGAGAAAAAUUAGGGUUUUGAAAUCCUUAAUAAUUCAGGCUUCUUUUGUAUGUUUUUAAGAUUUUACUAAACAAAUUAGUUCCUUGAACCUGCAGAAUUACUGCUUCUCUGUUUGUUCUCAUGGGUGAUAUAAAGGUACUUUAUCACUCUUUAUACAAAAAUAAAAUAUUAAUUUAAAAAAAGAUAAGAAUAUAGAGGUUUCAAGGCACCUAUGUCUGCUCCCAGAGCAUGCAGCUUCCCAAACUUAAAGAUGGACCAAUCUUCCCAAAUCUCAGGGCUGCUCUUGAAAUUUUGGAGCUUUCUUGCACUUAGAGCUGUGACCCUUUGUAUUUGUCCCUUGGGCUCAGUUCUGCGUCUUCUGACAGCUCCUUUAGAAACCACAUGGUGAGUUCCUGAACAACAUAUUUGUUUUGUGGACAACAUGUGAAAGACAUGUUGAAAUUUAGAAUUCUGAUAUAUUGCAUUGGGAAAACUAAGCUGUGACCCUUAGCUCUCUCCAUAACCUGGUGGAAGGACAUUUGUUGGCAUCCACAUCUUUCAGCCUGCUACAGUGCAUCAGCAAGUAGGGAGAUGGCAGUCAGCUGGGAGGCAGUGAGAGAGAGGAUAGAGUAGUACUGGAACCCUCGCUUUCCAUCAAAAGAUUUGGCAAUGAAACUGGAAAUACGUGUGGGAGCUCUGGUAGACAGUAACUCCAUUCUGCUGCAGGAAUGCAUACAUGGUUUGCACAGGAAUGCCUGCCAGGUCCAGAAUGUCCGUGUCUGUUCAGUGGCCUUCAGCUGACAUGAUUCAGUUUUCAAACUUACAUAUCUUUUUAACUUUGAUGCAAUAACAGAAAGGGGGAGGGAAAUAAAAAAAAAAAAAAAAAAAAAACAACCACAAAGUUUAAAGUUUAUGCUUGCAGUAAAAUAUUUUCUUGACAUUGAGCCUUCAUUAAGUGCAUAUUCAUUAUUUGGAUAACAAAAUCCAGCAUUUAGGGGAGAAAGCUUUGGUCUCUCAAAGAAAAUGGAGUGCUGAUUUUUAGCUGAGAGUUCCUAAAAGAUGUGAUAACAUCACUAAUGGCAAUUUUAGUUCACAGUAAUAUCCCCAAGUUUUUUGUGCCCAAAUUGUUUGCAAGACUUUAGAAAACCCCUUUCAAGUGUAACAUAAGACCUCUAGUAGAAUGCAAACAAGCCAGCUUUUCUCUACUUUGCCCAGAAUAAGAUUUAAAUAAAAAUUGCAGUUUGCUUACUAUUUCUGGUCCAUUUUUGUGGUUACUUGACCUAACUAUUUUUCAUCUCUUUGCGUCACGGGUUUGUCUCUGUUUUUCAGCACUGUCUCCUAGACGGAAAGGCCCAGGAAUCUGUUCUUUUAGGAGUGCAGCUCUAGGCAGUCUCAGUCACAGAUGACCACAGUGGAGAAAAUUAUAGCUGCCACUGCCAAGCUAUGUAUUUAUGUCCUUGUUUCGCACAGCUAAAGGCUGACACUACAUUUCACAUGACCAUGGAAGACUAGCUCAGAUAAGCUGUAGAUCACUUUAAAAACAAAGGCAUGUGACCUACCUUAAGUAAGUGAAGAAAAUUCAGGUGCUAUCUGCAUUGGAUUUUGAUUAGAAAAGGAAAAUGUCCUCAGCAGACAGCCCUCUUGGAUGGUCUUUGGUAAAGAAAGAUGUUCUCCACCCCACUGCAGAUGACAGCUGUAGGAGUGUUGGUUCGGUGAAGCAGUGCAGACCCAGGCGCACCCACAGCUGGAGAUGAGACACUGUCCAGUUGACCUGGCAGGGAUGAGACACCCUGUUCUGCCCCUGCAGAAGCAGACAGUCAAAAAGGAGACCUGCAAAAGCUCAUCUGUGAAGAUGCAGGCUGCUUCAUUUAGCCAACACAAAAUGACCAGCAGCGGCAUGCUUUGUAAAAUUGACUCCCCACAGAAACCCAAGAACCUUAACACCAACCAACUCUGUUUCUGGAGCUCAUUCUGACACCCAGCUUUUGUCACAGACCAUGCAUGGGAGGACAGAGGUGGCACUGAUGUCAUCCCUCUCCCAGCUUGUACCCAGCAGCUCAGCUGCGCUGCCCUGAGCACACAAGGGUGCAGCAAGCACGCUCCUCUGAAGAGACUGGGAUCUGUGUCCUCCUGCUGUGGGACUGCAGAAGAACCACCACGCUCGCAGGCACACCAGGGUGAAGCACUCCCACCCCAUCUCACAGCCGCUGCACAGCUCUUCCCACGCGCUGCCGGUGCCCAAUGCGGAUGCAGUCAGGACCUGCCAUGUGCCCACGCUGGUGCUCCAGCUGGAAGAUCCCACACGGAGCUGGACAGGGCAGCCAAGAGACAACAGCAGCUGGUGAGCAGCAGCCGCUCUCUCCUGCACCCUGCGGCUUGGCAGCUCCUCAUGCCAGCUCAGCAGCCACUGCCAAACUCCAGCUCCAAGUGAGGACACUAAGGUGUAUGCAGCAGAGGAGCCCGGGGAGAGAAACAGAUGUGGGGAUGGGGGGAGGUUAAAGAAAUACAAAGUGUUUGCUGGGGAGGGAGUGGCCAGCAGCCUGAUGCUGGCUGUUCAGAGGCAUUUGAUGGACACUGUCAUCCCCCCCAACUCGAGCUUUGUGACCUCAAUGUGAGCCUCUGAUCACCUCUGUGCAAGAAUAACCAUGCUUCCUCUAGACUUCCGCAGUGUGUGCAUGUGAGUACUAAAACAAAAACUGCCAUAUUCAAACAACCUACAAUGAAAGGAAGCCAGAGUGAAGAAAAGCUCUGAAGGAAGGAUGUUCUCAUCUGUGUUUAGAGGCACAAUACAUACUGGUGGUAUUAUGACUCUCAUUUCAAUGUCUUCCUGCAGCAAGAAUAAAAAUCUUUUGGCAAAGACUGGACUGCACGAAGGAUUCUCAUUGCCCCAUUUCAGUGAAUAUUAAUGAAAAUUAAAUGCUGAGAUUGCAAAAUUCUUCCUUACAGUUUCAAAAUGUUUAUGUGAGCAGGGUAACAUUGUUACUAUUUACCACAAAAAUGGUAUAUAGCUAUAAAUAUUAUUUUUCUAUCAAUAAGACACAUUUUCUAAAAAAUCCAAUAGCAGCCUUGCCAAAAAGCCAAAUAGCUUGAGGCCUCCCACUGCAAAAUCAAAGUAUCCUCUUCCUUACAGUA